AGUGAACCAAAAUGCUAAUGCCAAAUCCAAAUUGGACCCCACUGGUUGUCUGUUGUCCAAACUACAGUAGAAAUCAAAAGUAUACAAAUAAAUCUACGUAAAACAAAUAUGUAAACUGUACAAGUAUUAUGUUCUAACGAAAUCAAACUAAAUUCAAACGUUAUUGUUAUUUGAAUCAAAAUUUAUCUGAGAGUGAUUAUUUUGUCAUUCUACAAGGUUGCCUUUCCCGUACAUGGAAUUCACAUGAAUCUAAAUCACGAUGGAGAGUAUUCGACGAUCAUGGAAACUGCAGGAGUUUGUGGCUCACAAAGCGAAUGUCAAUUGCCUAGCCAUGGGUCACAAGUCGAACCAGGUGUUGGCGACUGGUGGCGAUGAUAAAAAAGUCAAUUUAUGGGCCAUUGGAAGACAAAGUUGCUUGAUGAGUUUGAGUGGGCACACAACUCCUGUUGAAUGUGUAUGUUUUGGCCAUUCUGAAGACCUAGUUUGUGCAGGAUCACAAACCGGUGCCUUAAAGAUAUGGGACUUAGAAGCAGCUAAAUUAUUAAGAACAUUCACAGGACACAAAGGGGCUAUCAAAUGUAUGGACUUUCAUCCAUAUGGUGACUACUUGACUACUGGCUCUUGUGACAGCAAUGUUAAGUUAUGGGACACUAGGAAACGAGGAUGUAUUGUAACUUACUCAAGCCACCGCCUUGCCGUCAAUAGUCUGCAGUUUAGCCCUGAUGGACAAUGGAUUGCUUCUGCUUGUGAAGAUGGUUUAGUUAAGGUGUGGGAUGUUCGAGUUGGCAAAGUACUUCAAGAGUUUGUGGAACACACUUCAGCAGUAACCUGUGUGAAGUUCCACCCUCAUGAGUUUCUACUUGCCAGCUGUGGCACUGACAGAACUGUUAACUUCUGGGACAUGGAAAAGUUCCAAUUGGUAUCUAAGUUUGAAAAAGACAACACAUCCAUCAGACACAUGGUGUUCAGUGAUGAUGGUGCAACAUUGCUUGGUUGUGCAAAUGAUGGCUUGCAUGUCAUUGGCUGGGAGCCUGCCAGAGUGUUUGACACUGUUCAUGGACAUUGGGGACAAAUUCAUGAUAUAACUGUAGCACAAACACAAUUAAUAGCUGGUUCAUUCCAUUCAACUUAUGUGGUGUUAUCAGUGGUUGAUCUCAAUAAAGUUCAUCCAUUUGGAGGUCCACCUCCAUUAUCCCCACCAGUUGUCAGGGAUCUCUCACCUUUCCAAAAGGGGCAUUCAGUACGCAAAAGCUUCUCAAAGGAAAAACCACCCAAGGAAGUUAUGCAUAGACCAACUCUACUUGACGAAAAAACAGCUGAAGAAUCUACAUCAGGGACAGAAGCAGAUGAGGAUUCAGGUGCUGUUAUAUCAAAUUUUAAUGACUACACUGAGAUAUUCCGCCCUUCUAGAGCAUUGACACGUACGCCUCCACCAGCUACUAGUUUAUCUUCGGAAGACUACUCGAUACCGGGUGAGAUACCCCAAGAGCCUAUGGAGAAGUCCGAGCCGACGGUGAGCACCGCCCUCCGGGACCUGAUGCUGGACGAGCCGGUGCCCUUGACGCGGCCUCUCCCGCAGCCCUCGCCGCCGCAGCGCCAGCGAUCAGAACACUACUCGCGGAUCCCUACAUCCACCAAAGAACAUUACAAUGUUGAACAGAAGAAAGUUGAAAAUUUCCAGCCGCGGGUGAUGGACAACACUAAAGAAAAUAAUACGUUCGCGACAUCGCAUUCAUUAAGAGAUUAUGCCGCCAGCCCGCUCACAGCAAAUUCGCUUAAUCGACAUAAUUCCUACAAAGAAACCAAAUCUACCACAGACUUAUCAUCCACGAACCUCCGGCCAAGCAAUAGUGAAAUAUCUUUAGGUCCUCCAACAUUAGGGCCUAGGUCAUUGUCCUUCACCAGAACUGCUACAGAGGCUACGAGAAGACGAGUAGUAGAGACAGUUGUAAGAGAAAGUGUCGCAGUAUCUCGCAGUGUAGAGGCCCCUGAAGCUGAACCAGAGCCGGAGUUCGUACCGUAUACGACCGAUAGACCUGUUGGACUCGACCUUGACGAAUUCUUGCCACGGGGUCUGGCGGGGCUGGGCGUGCGGCGCGGGGCGCGCGGCGCGGGCGCGGAGCCCAGCGAGCAGGAGGUGCUGGGCGUCAUGAUGCGCGGACACGACUCCAUGAUGGCCGUGCUCACCGCCCGCCAGCGCGCGCUGCAGAUAUUUCAUUCCGUCCGAAUUAAUAAAAGUCUGAGAUCUGCUUUAGAGUCUGUUAUCGCAUUAGAAGAUACUUCUGUCAUACUCGACAUUCUAAAUGUUAUGGCACACAAACCAUCUUUGUGGAAUUUGGACAUUUGCUUAUUAAUGUUGCCUAAGAUAUAUGAAUUACUUCAGAGCAAAUAUGAAUCAUAUAUGCAAUGUGGUUGCAAUGCCUUGAGACUGAUAGUUCGCAACUUUUCAUCUGUGGUGAGGGCUAACGUAAGUGCUCCAGUGCGCACAUUAGGUGUUGACAUACCGCGCGAGGAGCGCUACGCUAAGUGCAUGCAGAUACAUCGACUGCUACUUGACGUCCGAGCCUUCCUGCUCAAACGGCAAACACUCCAGGGACGUCUCGGAGCUGCGUUUAGAGAUCUUCAUAACCUCAUGCAACAGGGCCUCGACUGAUUUCAUGCUCACAAUAUGUUCGUCCAAGUGAACAGUCCAAAUGUUACGCGAGUGUUGUCAGAUUAUUAAUGCAAUAUUAUCAAAUGAACUGACAAGUCUUAUCCUAAGUAUUAAUGUUUUUUUAUAAAAUUAAUUUUCAUAAUUGUAUCUCACUGUUGACAUAGGCUGACUUAGACUUAAAUGUUUGAAAUGCAUACAUACAGCAACUUAAAUAUAUUUAUUAACAAUAAAAUAAAUAAUCAAA